AUGCGGUGCAAAAAUAACAGAAGUUGACCCUUCAACCAGUAACUAUAUUCCCUAUUGUAUUUCAACCAAUUGCAACUGUCGUAAUUACUACUUGUCAGUAACGAAAUUCGGACCUACUGUCCCUUGGUUCAAAUUUCAUGCAGUUUUUACUUAGUCUUUCACCUUUCAACAAAACAAUUAACUUCAGCUAGCUUUGACUUGAAGUACUGAAAUAAUUUGAUGUCUGGUGUGAACAUAUCACCGUUCGCAAUUUGGCAACAAAGCUCAGAUAAAUUGGUGCUGUAAUCCAACUGGGUUGACAUGUCUUCAACACAACUCCAUACCACAGAAAACUAGAUUAAAACUUUUAAUAAAAGCUAGAUGAAGGGCUCUUGUAACCUUCAACUAUCCUAUGAUGGUUUCACAUUUCCGAUAUAUUUUUCUCUCUGUUACUGCUUUAUGACUUCUGAUUAAAUUUCUCUUUAUUUGUUUAAUGCCUGUUUUUUCCCAAUACUAUCGUAUGUUGCACAAAUGUUAAUUACUGUGGAAUUAUGUUACAGUUGGACACUAACACUCUUCUGUUUUUUCAAGUAAAAGUUUUUUUUUUUAUUCCUCUUGUCUUCAGAAGUAAGUGUUAAGCUACAGGGCAAGUUUUUGACAGAGUUUGCCUUACAGCCAUGUGGUUUUGGGUUUCACCCCACUGCAUGGCACUUUGGUUAAUAAUCUUCUAUAUCCUCAGGCUGACCAAUGUCUUGUGAGUAAAAUGCACCCAGUAUGCUGUAUAAAGUGGUUGGCAUGAAGAAGGGCAUCCAGAGCAGACAGCAAGGCUUAAGCCAUCAAACCCAUGACAGCAUGGAAAAUGGUUAUGAAAUGAUGAUGAUGAUGCCACCACGCCAUAACAAGGACUGGACCAAGAAAGAAUACAAAGGCUCAUAUUCGUGGUUUUGUUGUCCGACAUCGGAUGAAAAAACUAAGAACAGAAUUUGAGGAAAUUAUGCAGGAAAUUCAUCCCAAUGGAAAUCUUCAUGUUGUUUGGAAAAGAAAUUUGUUGUGCUUACCUGAAUUUUCUUCAAAGAAAGAAAGUUGUAAACCAUUCCAGUUGAGUUCUAAACCACAUAAAUCAAAACCUCCUGAACUUCUAACUAAACAAGAGAACCAUUCGAUUCCUGGAAAUUUUAACAAGCGUUCUUCAAAGACAUCAAAUUCUUUGAACCAGUGUCUAAAUAAUCAAACACCUGUAAAUACCACUGAACUUUACAAUAUACAAGGAACUAAUAGUGAAAGAGACAAAGAAGUACAUAGAGGUGAAGAAUUGGUUGAAAAAGAUCAGAAUCAUUUUAUAGAAGACUCUUUUGAGUCAGAGCAACUGAAGAAAGAGAGAAAAAUUUCCUUGCAUACGGACAGCAGUGAGACAGAAUUUGAUAGAAAAACUUCAAAUCAUUGUGAUCAUUUGUUUAGAAAUGGAAAUAGCCUUCCAAGAAAUUCAAGAAAAGAACAGUUCAUGAAAAAUGGCAAUGGCUCCAUUUCUACAGCAUCAUUUUGUCUGCCUGUAUCUUCUACAUCAUUUGACUGUUCAUCUUUCACUGAUGUCACCUCAGUUUGGGACAGUACCCCAUCAUCUCCAGACAUCACACUGGAUGACAUCCAAUCUUCAGAAAGUGCAAGCUCUUUACUGCAGGAGAGACAGAAUUUGGCCAUGGAGUUAGUGUGGAUACAACAAGCAAUAUCAAGUCGGAAAAAUUAUCUCCAGCUGAAGUCCCAGAUUGAAACAUGAUUCCAUACCAAGCCUCAGCAUUUGACACAAGUGUUUUGAAAUAUGGAGAGUGUUCUUAUGGUUCAAUCAGCCAGAGAAUAAAUGAACCCUUGUGUUAGCAGUCUGUAUAUCAGUAGAGACUACAAAACUAUGGCUGGAGACUAUAUGCAAGACUGACUUUUAUUGGAGAGCUAACCAACUGAGGCAUGACUAGAAAGUAUGCUUUCCGACAGCCUUCAGGUGCAGCCAUGAAAGAAUGCAAAAGUGUCUCUGGUCUGUCAUGCCUAUUAAGGGGAGGGCACCAAAAGUGUGUUUGCUCUUGGAUACCGAGAAACUUUGUUAUGCUAUUGGAAAUCAGUACCAGUAUAUUACAGGUAUUUAUUUUAUUGAGCCCUGCAGGGAUAAGAUAAAGAACAAGGUCAACCCAUAAAGUUGAGAAAUGUAGUUCAAUACCAAGAGGUGUUUAAUAUCAUUUCUAUCAACUGACUGUCUUCGGAGCCUAUGAGAAUAUGAACACUCGAAAGAUGUACACAUUCUCAGGUACCUAUAUUUGUAACAGUCAGUUUUAUGCUAUUUACAUGUCAACCUAUUUGGACCCUGUAGAGAGUCUACAGUUAUCCAAGACAAAUAUGAUGACUGCAGAUAAUCUUUUCUACUGUAGGCUCAAGGCCUGAAAUUUGGUGGGAGGGGUAAGUCGAUUACAUCCACCCCAGUGAGUAACUGGUACUUAUUAAAAGUCAACCCUGGCAGAAUUUGAACUCGGAACGUGAAGACAAAUGAAAUACCAUUAAGCAUUUCACUAAUGAUUCUUAUUUCUUUAUUGCCCACAAAGGGGCUAAACAUUUCGCUAAUUAUUCUGCCAGAUGGCUACCCUUGAUGAUUGCAUAUAAUGUGUUAGAGUUUUGAAUUAUGAACUUUCACGAACUGUGGAAUAAUAGAUGUCAUCUGAGGAAUAAGUAAUACUUGUGGUUUGGUGUUAUCAAGUACUAUAAUAUAGUCUGGACAUCAUUGAAGGUUACGUGUAUUGUACGAUACAGCUUUAUUAUCACUACUAUAAUGGCCUCUGUUCCUUUGAGCUGACUGUUCUUGUAACUCUUCCACUCAGGUGCUCUCGACUCACUCAUUACCCUUGUAUGCAAUUGCCAGGUCUUGCACUAACCACUACAGCCAGUCUUCCCUUCCCAGAACAUUGGCUCCUUGGAAUCUCCUCCCUGUUCAUGUCUUUCCUGCAGGAGCCAACUUCCAACAAUUUAAACGAAACAUUAACAUCAUCAACUUCAUUAGUCUCAAAGGAAUUGCAAAAGUCAUGGGCACAGCCCUUCCUCUAGACUUAGUAUGUAAGAAAGAAAAAUUGAAGUGUAAAUGUACUACACCAGAUUUAAAUGGCCCCUUCCCCUUCCAUUAAAAUAACUCCUUUACAUAAGUAAAAACUAGAAAAGCACUCAGAGAGCGCAGACCUCCGCCAAGCAGCUCAUUUUAAGAUAGAUACACGAGUAAAAUUACUAAUAGAGAAACGAAAAUAAACUUUGGAAACAGCAACACCACCAUAGGUUACGUGAAAAUAAUUAAUGUUUUCAAGGGAGAUAAAGAACAUAACAUUGUAAUACUUCAUGUAAAGUAAAUAUAACAAAUGAAAAAUCCUUCAAGAAUCCAUAAAAACUCCCAGAUCACUACCAAAAUUUCAUCAUCUGUUCCUUGUGUCGUUACCAACUUUUCCUGCAAGUUUCAUCAAAUACUGUUCAAACCUUUUUGAGUUAUUUUGCACACAGACGGAUAAACCAACACCGAUGAAAACAUAACCUCUUUCCUUGGCAGAAGGUAAUCAAUAUUGAAAUGUAAAAGAAUUAUUAAAUACUGUAUUGUUAAAUUUUUAUUAAACAACAUAUUCAUCUUCA